AUGUUUUGGAACGCGAUCCAAUGUUUAUGACGGUUUCAUACGCAAACAAUUGCUCGUCUGAGAAGAAGAGUUGACAAUUUCACGUGUGUUUUACACUGAAAAGUUAUGUUUAGUGUUUGUAUGAAAUAUGUAACGCGUUAUUUAAAUAUGCAUAUGAUAUAGAUAGUUGUCUCAGCAAGGCAGAGUUUGAAAGCUAACAACGAAUUCGAGUCUUCAUAGAGUCAGAAAACCAUCUGUGUGCUGUCUGAGCUGGGAUGAGUGAGGAGGGUCUGGAGGUGAGUGAGGAGGCUCUGGAGGUGAGUGAGGAGGCUCUGGAGGUGAGUGAGAGGAUGGAGUACCGCUACCUGGUGCAGGAGGAGGAGGAGGAGGUGCAGUAUGUCCGUCACAGACGCUACGUGGGCCCCGCCCUGGUCCUGUCCAGGCGCUGCUCGCUCCUCCUCUGUGUGGGAGUAACCGCCCUGCUCUUCCUCGCCGGCUACCUGGCCUACCUGGCCCAGACCCCGCGGCCUGGACACCUGGAGGUCACCACGGACUGCGGACGCUUCAGAGGAAUGCAGAAAGACGGCGCCUACUCCUUCAAAGGCAUUCCCUAUGCCGCUCCCCCCACGGGCCAUCGGCGCUGGGCCCCCCCGGAGCCCCCAGCGUGCGGCGGGGGGGUUAGGGAUGCCACAGGUGUGCGCAGCAUGUGCCCCCAGGUGCGCCCUCUGUCCUCCGCAGGGACGGUGAUGGGAAACGAGGACUGCCUGUUCCUCAACGUGUGGACCCCCGGCAUGGCGCCCGCCACGCCCCUGCCCGUCAUAGUGUGGCUGCAUGGGGGUUUCCUGCACAUGCUCAGUGGGGCCGAAGAGGGCUACGCUCCCUCGGAGACGCUGGAGGCACAGACAGGCAUCGUUUACGUCAGCUUCAACUACCGGCUUAACGCCCUCGGGUUCCUGGCCCUGGAGGUGCUGAGAGAGGGCUCUCCCACCAACACUUCAGGAAACUACGGCUUCAUGGACCAGAUCGCAGCCCUGCAGUGGGUCCAGAGGAACAUCCAUGCUUUCGGAGGAGAUCCUCACAAGGUCACCAUCCUGGGGCAGAGCUCAGGUGGGACCUCUGUAUGGGUGCUGAUGAUGUCACCUCUAGCGAGGGGGCUGUUCCGGGCGGCGGUGGACCAGAGUGGUUCGGCUCUGCUAAACGCCUCGCUGGAGAGGGCGGAGAGAGAUAACCUGGUGUUCCUGAACCACACUGGCUGCUCUCACCUGGCCUGUCUCAGACAGCUGACCACCACUCAGAUACUGGAGGCCAUCCCCUGGAGCCAGUACCCAUCAUGGGGGGCAGACGCCCUGCUGGACCUGCCCACCCGGGGGGAGAUGCUGGGGGCAGUGGCAGUGGUGGACGGGCACCUUCUCCCGGCCCCCCCCCUGCAGAUGUGGGAGGAGGGGGGCCACUUCAGCGACGUGCCCUUCCUCAUAGGAACCACAGAGCAAGAGACAGACUUCCUCCCGCCCUAUGACAACAUCUCCAUGUGGACGUGGGGGGACUAUGAUUGGUUCGUGAGGGAGAAACUCGACUCGUUUGGAGGGAAUGUUUCUGAGGAUGCGCUGUCUCUGUACCCCAGCUCAGCGCCUUGCCCCACCCCUGUCCGCUGCCCAGAGAGAGCCUUCACCACCAUGGUGUCUGACCUGAGGGCCACCUGCCCUAACAACCAGCUGGCCAGGAGGGCAGCAGUGGCUCUGAGCAGUCCUGUGUACCGCUACCUGGUCACACACACCCCGUCUCGGCCGGUGGCGGUCCAGGGGGGCCCCGGGGCCCCCGGGGGGGGGCUGUGGUCUUUCCCUGGCCGGUUCUCCUUCCACGGCCUGGACACCAUGGCCUUCUUCCUGGGACUGGAGGGGCUGCUGGGGGGGCUGUCGUCCCAGGACGCAGCUUUCCAGGAGCUCAUCAUCCACAGCCUCGUCCACCUGGCCAGAGAGGGUAAGAUGCCUGAAGGGUGGCCAGAGUACCCAGAAGGCACAGCGGUGUUGUCGGCCGGUCUGAAGGUGGUGAGCUCCUACUCUGCUGACCGCUGCAGACUGUGGGAGGAGAACGGCUUCUACAGCUACGCCUGGAUCAACUGACCCCUGACCCUCUUUACCCCUGACCCCCUCACCCCCUGACCCUCUCUACCCCUGACCCUCUCUACCCCUGACCCCCUCACCCCCUGACCCCCCUCACCGCUGACCCCCUCACCCAGGAGGAACAUAGGAGCAACUAAAGGGAAGACGUGGAGAGACAGAAUAAAUACCUUCAUAAUCGGCAGUUGGAUGUUGCAUCCAAGGUCAUGUUGCAUCCUCUGGAUCCAAGGUCUUUUGGAGUUCUUUUUGACUGAUGUGAUUGGAGAAAGUUUAAAGAAGGGAUGCAUGUUACUGGUUUAUUUCCACUUGAAAUGAUGAAUGAUGAAACGUAAAAUCCACUGUGCUGUUGUAUACAAUGAUGAUGUCACUUCCUGUAUGUUUUGCAUAGUUCAUUGAGAUACAGCCACUAGAAUGACAGGAAUAUAAUAUAUUAUAUUAAUAUAAUAUGAUACACAAAGAAAAAUAUGGUUUAUUAUUUAUAUCCCCUCUAAUGGACAUUGAUUUGGGGUUAAUAACUUUGCAACCAAAUUGCCCUUCAGUAAUGAUUUAGUCCAAUUUAGAGGACAUUUAGGAUUUCCUAAUGAGGUGACAAACGUGAAUGUAAUUCUAGUUGGUUAAGUAGUAUAAUAGUUAAAUCUUUUUAUUGUUAUAGUCAUGUAUUUGGCUUGCUAUGUUGUAAAAAAUGUUUUCCUUAAAA